AUGGCCCCCGCCGCUCCGGAAGAUGCGAAGCGGAUAGCAGAGGCUCAGAAGAUAGCCAAGACGGACCCGGCAAAGGCAGAGCAGACAUUCCGCGACGUGCUGUCCAAGGACCCUGGCUCCAACGAUGCUGCCAUCAAGAACUUUGAGAACGCGCUGGUGUCGCUGGGCGAGCUGUACCGUGACCACAAGAAGACCAACGAGCUUGGAGAGCUCAUCCGCCAGACAAGAUCAGUCCUGUCAUCCUUUGCGAGGGCGAAGACUGCGAAGCUCGUGAGGCAGCUUCUUGACAUGUUCUCCGCCAUCCCCAACACCCUCGAGACUCAGAUCACCGUCACCAAGUCGUGCAUAGAAUGGGCCGUUUCCGAGAGGCGAGGUUUCCUCCGCCAGAACCUCGAGACCCGUCUCGUUUCGCUUUACAUGCAGAAGCAAUCCUACUACGACGCUCUUACCCUCAUCAACAGCCUGCUCAAGGAGCUGAAGCGCUUGGACGACAAGCUGGUGCUGGUCGAGGUUCAGCUUCUGGAGUCGCGUGUCUACCACGCCUUGGGCAAUGUGCCCAAGGGUCGCGCCGCCCUCACGUCCGCCCGUACCUCCGCCGCCUCUGUAUACACGCCGCCUCUGCUGCAAGCUGGUCUGGACAUGCAGAGUGGCAUGCUGCACGCCGAGGACAAGGACUUCAACACGUCAUUCUCCUACUUCAUCGAGGCUAUGGAGGGCUACCACUCGCAGGAUGAUGAGCAGAAGGCCACCUCGGCAUUACAAUACAUGUUGCUCUGCAAGGUCAUGCUGAACCAGACCGACGACGUCAACAGCAUCAUGGCCUCGAAGCACGCUCUGAAGUACGCCGGCAAGAACCUGGACGCAAUGAAGGCCGUGGCGCGCGCACAUGCCAACCGCAGCUUGGAGGAGUACGAGAAGUCUCUGUCCGACUACCGCUACGAGCUCGGCUCCGACCGCUUCAUCGCUUCCCACCUGCGCCGCCUCUACGACUCCAUGCUCGAGCAGAACCUCAUCAAGGUCAUUGAGCCCUACAGCCGCGUCGAGAUCUCGCACAUCGCCAAGCUCGUCGGCCUCGACACCCCCCAGGUCGAGCGCAAGCUCAGCCAGAUGAUCCUCGACAAGGUCAUCAUCGGCGUCCUCGACCAGGGCGCCGGCUGCCUCAUCGUCUUCGAGGAGACGGAGCGCGACCAGGCCUAUGACGCCGCCCUUUCGACUAUCGAGAAGCUGCACAACGUCGUCGACGUCCUCUACACCAAUCAGGCUUCGCUGCUGGAAUGA